CAUAUGCCAUAAUUAAAAAGUAAAGUACCCUAUUACAUAUGUAUAACUCUGUUUCUAACAAAUGCAGACAAUACAUUUGCCAGUUUACUUACAAGUGCAUGUAUGGAGAUAGGGUCUUUCAUCUCCUUGAUGAAAAUUAUACUCUUUCCCAUUCAUUUCCUAUGACGGUCAUUUCUGACCGUAAACAAAAAAAGUGUGACCAAGUUGAAUAAAUCACUCAAAAUUCAAAGAAAUUAGUCACAAUGAAUUGUAUGUGUUCAAAUGCCUUUUGUGAAGGAUAUCAUAAGGUCUUGAGGCGAUCUGAUGAAAAAUGCCAUAUUUAUGGUACAGGGAAUGUGUAAAUCGGUCAUUUUUGACCGGAACAGUGUUAGAAGGUUAAGAAACCAUGAAAGCAUCCUUGUAUCUCUGAAGUUAUCCAAAUACAAACUUUGAAUAGCAUCACCAAUAGGCCCAGCCAGCCCCUGUUUGCAUGGUAUGGCCCACUGCGUCACCACUCAGCCAAAGACUGUUUAUUUACAGUGGAAUUUCAUUCUGCUUGCUUUAUUGAUUUAAGCCACUGAUCUACUUUCCAGUGUUGCGGGGAUUAUCUCCUGCCAGAGGUUGUCAUUCUCCACAUUGUUUGACUUCACUGUGCGGUGCACCACACUGUCAAUAUCACUGGAAUGUCUUUAACUGAGUGAGCCUCCUGUUACGUCUUUUAUACAUUCCUCAGCGGUGCUUUAGCACACUGGCUUGGCUCCUUGUCUCCAGCAGUGCGGGUCAUGUCACAUGGCUGAUGCUGUUGUCCAAGUUGGCCAGAGGUGAGGUUACUGCCGCACGGCAGGUUUGGAACCAAAGGCAAGAGCCCAAACAAUGCUGAUAACAGCAGCGGCGACCAGCUGGGGCAGUCAGUGUGAGACACUCGCACACACCAGGUGGAGGGCACAGGCUUCACAGGCUCAGGUGAGCGGUCAGAGGUAUCAGACUAAAGCCAGGACUAACGUUAGCGCUCUCGCUGUGGCAUGGAGCUGAUGAACCAGGACGUUGUGGCCAGGAAUGGACCCUCCGAGGGGGCACCGAAACGCGGACAUGGGAUGGCCGAGGUGCAGAUGUGCCAGUCCAUCCUGCCAUGCCACGCCAACCACCUGGGAGAACUGGGUGCCGGGCAGCUACUGAAGUGGAUGGACACCAUUGCAUGUCUGGCAGCCGAGAGGCAUGCAGGGAUGCCAUGUGUCACAGCCUCCAUGGAUGACAUCCGAUUUGAAGAGACAGUAAGGGUUGGUCAAAUCAUCAACAUCAAAGCCAGAGUAAACAGAGCGUUCAACACGAGUAUGGAGGUGGGCAUCUGUGUCUCAGUACAGGAUGUGAUGAGUGGCGUUUUGAAGCGGGUGUGCGUUGCCUUCUCCACCUUCGUUGGCAAGCCAGUGGGAGAACGAAAGGUGCGCCUAAGGCCAGUUGACUUCCUGAACUCGGCAGAGGAGCGACUAGAACAUUCAUUGGCCUCCGAAAGACGGCGCCUCCGCCUUUACAACGAGGAGGCUUUCAACAACCUCAUGGUGGACUACUACGCCCUCAAAGACAAGGGUGUGAGCCAAAGGAAAGACUCCAGUCCAACCCAGAGAAUAUCAACAGAGUGCACCCGAGUUGAGAGCAUUGAACUCGUCCUUCCUCCACAUGCCAAUCACCAUGGUAACACAUUCGGAGGACAGAUUAUGGCCUGGAUGGAAAAUGUAGCUACAGUGGCGGCAAGUCGGCUGUGUGGAACAUACCCCUCUCUGAAAGCUGUGGACAUGUUCCAGUUUAGGGGUCCGUCUGCUGUAGGGGACAGACUGGUGUUCAAGGCAAUGGUCAACAACUCUUUUCAGUCCAGUGUGGAGGUUGGGGUGCGGGUGGAAGCUUACAACUGUGAGGAGUGGACCCAGGGAACGCCAAGGCACAUUAACAGCGCUUUCUUCCGCUACCAGAGGACCAACGAGGGCCACAUGCUGACCUUCCCAGAGGUCAUUUUUACCACGCAGGAUGGAGAGAGAAGAUAUCUGUCUGCCAUUGUGAGAAAGAGGAUUCGCAUGGCUAGAAAGCACAUUCUAUACUCCAGAGAUGAAGGACCUCUGUCAGUCCCUUGGGACAAAAGUAAUCAGGUAUACUUGGGGUACAACAAUGUAGCAGCCCUGACGGUAUUGGCAGGAAAACCAACAUGGGAGGCCAGCAGUGUCAACAAUAAGAUAGGUGUGUUUGUGUUGGAGGAGCUGGACUCCAUCUGUAUAAAGGUGGAGAUGGAGGUGGACACGUCACCCUUCCAUGCCUUCUCCUUGCUGUCUGACCUGCGCUUGAGGCCACUCUGGGACAAGCACUACCUGAGUUGUGAGGAAGUGGAUAAAGCUGAUGAAGAGGAGACUGUAUACCACAUCAAAUGUAGCCCCUUAAAUGGAAACCUCAUCUCUGAUUUUGUACUUCUUCUGUCUAAAAGGCAACCUUGCAAAGACAGAGACCCUUAUGUGAUUGCACUGCGCUCUGUAACAACGGAGAAGCUACCCCCUGCUGAAAACAGCACUCGCAGUGAAGUCAAAUGUGCAGGUUUCAUCAUACAAAGAAUCUCUCAUUCCACCAGCAAGGUGUCUUACUACAACCAGGUGUCUUCUGGUGUGCUACCUUUUGUAGAGGGCAACCUGGCAGGCUGGUCAAAGUCCAUGGAAGAAACAGCUAGAUCCUGCAUAACAUUUCUAGAGCUUGACACAAUCUCAACUGCCUUUUAGAAACUCCUAAUAACUUUUCCUUGUACAGAAAGAUUUUUGUAUAGUAUUUAUACAUUAUACAUGUUGUUUUUCUUCUAUGAGUAUAUAGAUGUCACUGCAAUUUAAUACAUGAAGAUGAAUAUGUUAUUGUAUUCAUACCUCAUGUUUGAAUGUUUGAAUAUAUACAGUAUUUAUUAUA